UUUCUCUUUUCCCUUCUUCCCCUUCCUCUUCUCCAUCUUUCUCUCUCACUCUCUCACUCUCUCCUCCCUCCCCUCCCCCUUUACACCUCAUAUUAAUUCCCUCUCUCCAUCCUCCCCUCUACCCUCUGUUUUCCUCUGUCCUCUUCUAUCCUCUCCUUCUUACGCUACCUGCUACCUCUUACUUCACAUCCCCUUCGCUACUGAGGCCAUUUGCUCAUAGUUACCUGUACACUAUUCCACUUCAGUCCACUGAAUCUCCGUUGACUCGGUUGUUCAGCUCCUGUCUACCCUGCAUCUGCAUUGCCCUAUAAUAAUCUGCUUGUUUUUCUGGCCUCUGGUCGUAAUCACGUGCUGUGUUCACAAUGGGUCUCGCGUCCAACAUCUUCUACUACACCUUUCACCCCUCAGAACUGAGGUCGAUAGUGCAAUGGUUAGUACUGGCUCACGUCCUCGAGCGGUGAUGGGUCGUGUGAAAGUCUGGCACUCACCCGUUCACGAACGCAAUGAGAAGGACGAAACCGAAACCCAGAAGGCCUGCUUCAAGUUCCUCGACUUGACCAGUCGCAGUUUCAGCGCCGUCAUCAAGGAGUUACACCCCGAGCUGCUGCUGCCGGUCUGCGUGUUCUACCUGGCCCUGCGUGGGCUGGACACCAUCGAGGACGACACGUCGAUUCCCCUGGAGACCAAAGAACCGCUGCUGCGGGGCUUCAAGGAUUUCCUCGAGCAGGAUGGCUGGACGUUCACCGGCAACCGCCCCGAGGAGAAGGACCGUGAGCUGCUGGUUCAGUUUCACAACGUCAUCGCUGAGUACAAGAACAUGAAGCCGGCCUACCAGGCGAUCGUCAAGGACAUCACCGAUAAAAUGGGCAACGGCAUGGCGGACUAUUGCCGAAAGGCGGAGUUCGAGGACACCAGUGUCACGACCACGGCCGAGUACGAUGAAUACUGCUGGUACGUGGCGGGGCUGGUCGGCGAGGGCUUGACGCGGCUGUUCGUCGAGGCUGAGUUCGCCAACCCGGCCUUGUUGGAGCGCACGCGUCUGCACAGGUCCAUGGGUCUUGUCCUGCAGAAGACGAACAUCAUCCGCGACGUCCGAGAGGACAACGACGACAAUCGGCGCUUCUGGCCCAAAGAAAUUUGGUCGAAGCACGUCGCCAAUUUCGACGACCUGUUCAAGCCCGAGCAUCGCGAGGCAGCGCUUAACUGCGGCUCCGAGAUGGUCUUGAACGCAUUGGAACAUGUGGAAGACUGCCUGUUCUACCUGGCUGGGCUCCGGGAGCAGAGUAUCUUCAACUUCUGCGCGAUCCCGCAGUCGAUGGCGAUUGCCACGCUGGAGCUGUGCUUCCGCAACCCUGCGAUCUUCGAAAGAAACAUCAAGAUCACCAAGGGCGAGGCGUGCAAGCUCAUGUUCGAGUCCACCCAGAACCUGCGCGUGCUCAGCGACACCUUCCGGGUCUACGCGCGUCGCAUUCACAAGAAGAACACCCCUCGGGAUCCCAACUUCUUGAAGAUCAGUCUGGUCUGCGGACGGAUUGAGAAAUGGAUCGAGACGAUAUUCCCCACCCAGUCCGCCGAGGUGGCGCAGCGUCGCGUCAAGGGCGAGAUGACCGAGGCUGAGCGCAAGAAGAGGCAGGAGGAGGCCGCUACGCGCCAGGAUUUGUGCUUCAUGAUGGGCCUCAUGCUGGUGAUCGUGAUCAUUGUGUCUACUGUAAUGAUUGGCACGGCUUGGAUGCUGGGCGCGCGGUUCGAUCUCGCAUGGCAAGAGCUGAAGCAGGGCAACUUCCGGCCGCCCGAGAACAUCCGCGAGCUCGAGAACAAGGAGCUGUAGCUUGUUCGCAUUUCUACGGAGUUACGACUGUUUUGAUACUUACUAGCCGGCUGGCUCAUGUUCUAUACCUUUCUUCUCGCCAUGCCGCCAUAUUUAAUACAUUGACUUGACCCUCUUUCCUAGGUUUUGAUCUACUUACCUGGUUUCAGGUCUAGCACGGAUGUCAAAUUGCAAUCCAGCCUGUCCAUGACUGUGGUUGUGCCGAAGAAGUGCUGAUAUUGAGCGAGAUAUCUAUCUCACCCAGCGACGUACUAGAUGUGUGUCUGCAACUUCAGUGUUGCCGUGGCAAACAUCCAUUGAGGACCUGGAACAUACUGUAAUGUCGUAACUAG